AAAUUUUUAAUAUGUUGGCAAGGUUUCUAAAACUUGAUAUAUUAACCCAUGUGGCUAUCGCAUUUACUGUAAGGGUUUUUCUUAUUCUGUAUGGAGCUUAUCAUGAUGCCCACUUUGAGGUUCCUUACACUGAUAUUGAUUACAAGGUGUUUACAGAUGCAGCAAGGCAUGUAACAAAUUAUGAGUCCCCUUUUAAGAGAUACACUUACAGAUAUUCUCCAAUCAUUGCCCUGUUACUUACCCCAAAUAUUCUUGUACAUCCCCUGUUUGGAAAGUUUUUGUUCUGUUUUUUUGAUCUAAUUGUAGCAGGUUUAAUUUAUAAACUCGUCCAAUAUAACAUAUCUGAUUGGUUUCAUCGCUGCAAAAAUACGCAGGAUAGCAAUUUUAAAGCUGUUAAGCCUCAAAGAAAGAAAAAAGGAAAAACCAAAAAUCAUAAGGAAUCUACUAAUAUCUCUAAAAAUAAUGUUAGUUCAAAAUGGGCUUUAUGGGCAACGCUACUCUGGCUUUACAACCCUAUGACUAUAGCGAUAUCAACCAGGGGAAAUUCAGAUUCUUUAUCAUGUUUUUUGGUAAUUUUUACCCUUUUUGCCAUUCAAAAACAGUGGCAUCCAUUUAUAAUCGGGUUAAUUCAUGGCCUGUCAAUUCAUUUUCGCAUCUAUCCUAUAAUUUAUAGUUUUCUCUAUUAUAUUCACUAUAGUAAUCAUUCGUAUUAUUUUGAGAACGAUGUAGAGCAUACUGUUCCAAAAUCCAGCCGUAAAAGGGGAAAAAAGGAAAAUCAAAUUGUAAAAAAAGAUUCUCUCGAGUUAAAGUUUCAAAGGGUUCGACUGUAUAGGUUUUUGCUUCCCAACUUGAGCCAAACUAUGCUUGUAUUGGGCACUUUUACUUCCCUAGUGGGUUGCACUACUAUAUUCUACUAUCUGUAUGGCUAUAAGUUUCUUUAUGAAUCCCUAAUUUACCAUUUCAUUAGAAAAGACUAUAGACACAAUUUUUCAUUAUACUUUUACCUUCAGUACCUUAUGGCAUUUGUCAAACUUAAUACAUGGUACACUAGCAACCUCUGGCAACCUAUUUUAAUAAAUCUUCCUCCUAUCAUCUUAAUAUUAAAUUUUUCAGUUUGCUAUGGCCUCAAUAAAUUCUCCCUAAACUUUGGCGUGUUAGUUCAGACUAUCGUUUUUGUGAUUUUUAAUAAAGUUAUGACUUCACAAUAUUUUGUAUGGAUAAUGGGAAUAUUGCCUUUGUGCAUUUGGCAAAUUAGUCUAUCCACAAUAUCAGUUGUUGUAAUGAUUACAAUAUGGAUUGUGGCGCAAGUAGCUUGGUUGCUGCCGGCCUAUCUUCUAGAAUUUAAAGGUGAAGAUACAUUUUUUCACACGUGGGUGCAAUGUGUAUCGCUUUUCUGUGCUCACGUGGGCAUUUUGGGAAGAUUAAUUAAAAGCUUUAUUAUACCUAAAGGUGUUAUGGAUAGAACGGACGAAAUAUUAGCCUUGGAACCUAUGUCAACUAAGUUUUAGAAUAAUAUUCCUAGUUGUAGUGAAUUAGAGUAGGUACUCGUAAAACUUUGUAAUAAUUUAUAAGGAAAUAAAUUAAAUUUAAAGAGAAA